AUGUCGGCCCGCAAGCCAAGUCCGCCUCCAGUCAACGGGAGGGAUAAGUCCCGGAUCGACGAUGUCAAUGCGAGUACAGCCUUUAAGGAGGAUGUUCGCUCCGGUCUCUGGUCGUGGACCAAGCUCGACGAUACCACCGCCGUCGGUCCUCGCAUAGGCCCAGUUCUACAUAGCGUUGCCGUCCCCAGCUCCGACAGCGACGACAGCAUCGUCACGCCAGAACGCCAGCACGAACUUGAAAAGGGAAAUGCCAUCCACUCGCUGGUCUUGUGGGAGUUUUGCCUCCGACAUCCCGAGGUCCGGGAUGUCUGUGACAUUGGCCAAAUGCUGUUCUGGAAUAAGAAUUGGGCUUGGUGGGCCACUGCCAUCAUGUUUCUGCUCAACAACACAUUUAUCCAGGGCUUGCAUGUUGUUGUGGGCGCCGAAUAUCUCAAUACCAUGACCGGCACAGACCCGGGUAUCGCUUGUCGGACUGUCAGCUUUGGCAUCAUUGUCGCACUUGUCUGCUGGCUCUGCUCACUCCCCCGAACAUUCAACACCUUGUCCAAACUUGGAGUGUUCUCAGCAUUCUUUACCCUCAUUUCUGUUCUUCUCGCUGCUGUCUUCUCCGGCGCACAGAAACAUCCAGCUGGCUAUGACCCUCGUCCGUCAUUCACGUCAGAUGCCGGAGUAGAGUCAAUCGGGGGCAACCCCAUCGUGACCGCCUUUCCGGUCAAGACAGCGUCCUACAUUGCCUGUUUCAAUGCAUUUCUCAAUAUCUCUUAUACUUUCAUCGGGCAAAUCACACUACCCAGCUUCAUCGCAGAGAUGAGAGAGCCAAAGGACUUUCCAAAGGCCUUAUGGGCUUGUGCCAUUGCUGAGGUUGUCCUGUUCAGUGUCGUCGGAGCUGUGAUCUACGCAUACACCGGAAACCAGUACAUGACUGCGCCUGCCUUCGGCUCACUCCAAGAAACGUACAAGAAGGUUGCCUUCUCGUUCAUGAUUCCGACUAUCAUUUUCCUGGGUGUCCUGUACGCCUCGGUCUCGGCACGUUUCGUCUUCUUCCGCAUCUUCAAGAACUCCAAACACAGGACCGAGCACACGAUUACUGGAUGGUCAACAUGGGCGGCUAUUCUUCUGACAACAUGGAUUGCCGCCUUCGUUAUUGCAGAAGUCAUCCCCUUCUUCUCUUCCCUCCUUUCCCUCAUGUCAUCGCUCUUUGACAGCUUCUUCGGUUUUAUCUUCUGGGGCGUUGCCUAUUUCCGGAUGCGUAAAGCCGACUCGAGAGCCGGCAUUGCAAGGAAGAGAGGCAUCGGCACCAUCCUGCUGGGGGUAACUAACAUCAUCAUUAUCCUCGUUGGUUUCCUCUUUCUUGGAUUUGGGAGCUAUGCUAGCGUGUUGGGGAUUUUGGAAGCCUACGAUACAGGAUCGGUCAGGAGCGUGUUUUCGUGUGCGAGUAAUGGCCUUUGA